AUGCCGACCAAGUCAACUUUUAGUCGCUGGAAGAAGGCGGACCUAAUUGACCUGGCCAACAAGCUGGAAAUUGACGGCUUCCCCAAUUAUGCCAAGAAGAGUGAUAUGAUCGAUUACCUCGAAUCGCACUUGAAUCAUCUUGAGAAACCUGUGGAUUUUAAAGACGACUACCCGGAACUAAGGUCCUUUUAUGAGUCGAUGACAGUGGACCAGUCAAAGGAUGAACGGAACGAAUACGGAUCCGGAUCUGGAAACGGGUCUGGGUCUGGAUCCUGUGACACCGCCACAAAUGAUUCCGAUCUGGAGAAAGCGUACAUCAAGGAGGAUGAUGAUGAGAAACCGCAAUCAGGCGAUGAAACAAGCGCGACAAAGCCGCUUUCCAGCAGGAAUGCAAAUUCAAACGCCAAAACGAACUUCAAUUUGUUGGAUUUUAGCACAGAUAACGACUCGUCCACCUCUGCGUUUACUAAGUUCAAGUUUAACUUUCAGGAAUACCUCUCCGAUAUUAGAUACCAAACGCAGAAAUUGAAUGAAAAUGUUCAGGACUAUCUUUCCACUAUUUCCGCCGUCGAUACGAUUUUUUCCUUGUUGGAAUUCUCUUUUCUGGUGAGAAACAUAUUAGCCGCCGGGCAGCCAACUUCUUCUUCUUCGCUCGCAUCGUCGCUGGAAGCCGCCGUUGCCGCCCAUAAUAAAUAUCAAUACACGCUCGAUUUCUGUUUACCAAUACUCACGUGGCUGCUCUUCUUUAGGGGUAUUCCAACGUUAGUGUCAUACUACAUCAACUUCAUCCGCUACGACCUGAACAUCGAGUUGGACCCGAUGACUUUCAAUCUCACGAAAUUCUUGAUUUCUUUGGCAAUCUUCAAAACUUGUAAUAAUAAAAACAUAGAUUUCCAUUCUUUUCGAUGUGUUAACCAACUAUGGACACAACUCUGUACAGUGAACCGUUCCCUUGGUAUGGUACCUCUAGUAUUCUCCAUGGUUAGUUGUCUCCUCACUCUAUACGUAUUAUAG